AGCAAAGUGAAACCAACAUGCAGACCUGCACAUACACAGCGGGUAAUUUAAAAAAAAACAAAAAAACCCACAGCUGAGAAGCACAUGACAACUGUAUGUAUAAAUACUGGAGCAGAGAUGUAUGUUAGCAGUCAGAGCAGCUGUAAACCUUUCAUCUGUGCUCAAGAGCUCAACAAGCAUCAGCCUAAACAAGAUGAAGCUCUGCAUCCUGGUCGUGCUCGGGACCCUGCUCGUCAUCAUCAACGGUAUGCCGCCGAUCAGCAGGGACUACAACACACACUGCCACUGUGUGCAGGUGGAGUCGAGGAUCAUCCCCCCCGACAACCUGAAGAGCAUCAAACUGGUCCCUGAAGGGCCCCACUGCCCCGAAACAGAAGUCAUAGCCGGACUGGUGAGCGGGGAGAAGGUCUGUCUGAACCCUCAGUCCUCCUGGGUGAAGAAACUGGUCCAUUUCAUUCUGGAGAAGCAGCUACUCCAGCAGAGAGGAGGACCUUCCAAGAAUAAGGCCUGAAGAUGAUGUUACAAAUGAAAGCCAUGCCGCAGUUAAAGCGGCUGCCUGCAACUACGAGCCACACUAUGAUAAGUAAUAGAUGACAGAAAAUAUUUAACCAGUCUUGCUCUCUAACUUAAAGAACUCAUUUUUAAAAUUUUCUAUUCCAGUUCCAGUUUGUCAUUAGGCUAUUUCAGCUUCUGUGGCGUUUUUCUUUUUCUUUUUGUAGAUUUUUUUGUUCCAGAAUCAUAUUUCUACCAACUGUUUCCUACCACACAUUUAAUACACCUUGCUUGAAUAACACUGAUUAUGAAAACAUAUUAAAGUGUUACAUAGAAAUAAAGGUUUGAUUACCAGAAAGUAAGCACCAUGGGGAAAAUGAGCUGUAAUAUAAAAGCUUUAGUAAAGUUUGUACUUAACUGUGCCUGUAAAAAGUGUAACUAUGAACAAAGAUUGAUUGUGUGACCCUUUGAAAGUGGAUAUUGUAUGUAGCAGAGUAUUGGAAUACGUAAUGUAUAUAGUCAUUUCUGUGUAGUUGACCUUUUGGUGAAUAUUCUCCAGCCGCAGCAGAAACAAAUGUUAAUAAGUAAUGCUAGUAAGAUAAGAAGAAUUAAUGUUACAAAGAAUGUCUAAAAACCUGAUGUGAGCCUUAAAAGAAAAUCAAAUAAAUAAAUGCUUAAAAAGUAAAA